CAGCGGCUCCUUCACCAGCUCGUCGGCACCUUCUCAAACCCUUCGACCUCGCGCCAUGGACAUCGCCCUCGACUUCUUCGACGAGCACGUCGGCGACAAGCUCUACUCGUACCUCGACAACCCGCUCGCCAAGUUCGCCCCGCAACUCGGCAUCUCGGCGGCGCUCAACGCCUCGGCCCCGACCCUCUCGUCGCUCGACCUGUCGUCGGCGCACAACGCCGUCGCGUCGGUGACGGCUUACCUCGCCGCCGUACCCGGCCUGUCGUCCUUGCCGCGAGACAACAUGUUGCGGCAGGCCAUCUCGCUGUACGGCAUCACCUACGUCGGCAUCUUCGUCCUGUACUUCUCGGUCGCGACCGGGUCGUACUACCUCAUCUUCGACAAGCGCAUGGAGCAGCACCCGCGCUUCCUCAAGAACCAGGUCGCCAAGGAGAUCGCCUUCUCGCUCGAGGCGUUCCCCAUGCUCGACCUCCUCACCCUCCCCUGGUUCGUCGGCGACGUGCGCGGCCACAGCCAGCUGUACGACUCGAUCGCCGACGGCCCGUUCGGCGACAAGGGCGGCGUCCUCCCGUGGCUGUACAUGGCCUUCAGUGCCGCCCUCUUCCUGUGGUUCACCGACUUUGCCAUCUACUGGGUCCACCGGUGGCUCCACCUCCCGUUCCUGUACAAGCGCCUGCACAAGCCCCACCACAAGUGGAUCAUCCCGACGCCGUUCGCCUCGCACGCGUUCCACCCGGUCGACGGCUACUUCCAGUCGGUGCCGUACCACAUGGCGUGCUACAUGUUCCCGAUCCACAAGUACAUGUUCAUCGGCCUGUUCUCGUUCGUCAACCUGUGGUCCAUCUUUAUUCACGACUCGGACAUGCUGUGCGGCCACCCGCUCGAGCACUACAUCAACGGGCCGGCGCACCACACGCUCCACCACCUCUAUUUCACCUGCAACUACGGCCAGUACUUCACGUGGGCCGACAAGGCGUUCAGCUCGUUCCGCGUCCCGGAAAAGGACGACGACCCGCUCGUCGCCAUCCUCUCGGGCCGCACCAACAACCACGCGACCGUGUCGGCGCCCGCACCGCUCGCGACGGGCCCGGCACCGCCCAAGCUCGACAUCGCGACGCCCUCACCCUCGCCCUCGCCGACGCUCGUCGCGCCGUCGUCGUCGCUGCGCGCGGCGGCAGCACGCGUCGCCGCGCCCGAAAUGAAGCGGGUCGACUCGGGCCUCGGAAGCGAGACUGAGCUCGGCCUCGCCGGCGCGCGCAGCAGCAGCGGCGGAUCGUCGUCGAGCGCGAGCUCGUCGGGCGACGAGGGUGCCGAGCCGGCGCCGGCCGCGAGCGAGAAGAAGGAGGCGGUCCCGGCGGUGGCGGCGACGACGGGUGCGGCGGCACGACCGAGGCGGGAGGGCCUGCGGGCACGCAAGUAGCUGAGCGGCUGCGUGAGGUGGCUCGUGUAGACUGCAUCCCCUCUCCUAU